UCUCAAAACAAAUUUUGUACUAGAACAACUCACAGUCACCGGCGCCGGCACAAUUUCCUCCGGCAUCGCGAGACCAAAAGAGCGAUGAACAAUAAAGACGACGAAACGCAUAAAGAAGAAGAAGGAGAAGAAUCGCCAUCUCACUCUCAGCAAACAGUUUCUGAUGAUGAUGAGAUAGAUUACUCCGUCAAGCCAGAAUUUUAUGAUCCAGAGCUUGAUGACAAAGAUGAAGUCUGGGUCCAAAAGAAAAGGGGUGGUCGUACUUCUGAUGCCAUCCUUAAUUGUCCAGCUUGUUUUACCACCCUUUGUCUAGAUUGUCAAAGGCAUGAAAAGAAUGUUACACAGUACCGAGCAAUGUUUGUGGUCAAUUGCAAGAUCAAGAGUGAACAAGUGGUGGCACAUCUUGGAAGCAAACGAAAGAGGGGUAAGAAAGGGCGUGGAUCUUCUGAAGCUGAAGCGGGUUCUGAUAUGGGCAAGACAUAUAAACGUGUAUGUUGUUCAGUUUGUUCAACAGAGGUUGGAGUCAUUGACGAAGAAGAGGUCUAUCAUUUCUUUAACGUUAUUCCUAGUGAGUCUUGACAUGUUCCUCCUGAAAAUGGCCUUAAACUCUUCGUUUUCGGCUGUGCAUUGCUGAAAACGUAAGGGUUCGGAGGGUGUUUUUAAUAGUAUGUUGGCUGCCAAAAAUUUGCAGUUUGUGCUAAAGCAAAAGCUUCCUUCUUCAUGGGGUAUUUAUUUAAAACUAUAGGUCUAUAGAACUAAAUGAGCUUAAAAAAUCGUUUCCGUUACCAUAUUAUUUGUUGUUGUUGAUGA